AUGGACGAUGAUGAACAGCCUGAACGGGACUACACUCAAUUGGAGUUGAAGCCAGAUCAUGCUUCACGCCCUCUUUGGAUUUCGCCAUCGCCUGAUAGUUAUAUCAUCACUAUGGAAGGAUUCAGUCCAAUCGCAGAACAAGCACAAGAUUUUUUGAUUGCUAUAGCCGAACCUGUCAGCCGACCUGCAUUCAUUCACGAAUACAGGUUAACGCCUUAUUCCCUUUAUGCGGCUGUUUCAGUAGGCUUGAAUCCUUCUGACAUCAUUGAAGUUCUCAACCGGCUGUCCAAGUCUCCCGUACCAGAGCGAGUGAUCGACUUUAUCGUCAACAGUACUCGUUCUUUCGGUAAAAUCAAGCUGGUUCUGAAGCAAAACAAGUACUUUGUCGAAAGUGCUUAUCCUGAUAUUUUGCGAGAACUUUUGCAAGAUGAUGUGAUCGGCAAAGCGCGCGUACGUGGUGGCGAUACAACGCAAGGCAAUCGACGUUUAGAGAUUCUUGGUAGUACGUCUGCGCCAACAAGAGGAGAUCUGGUCAUUCCCGGUACAGAGAGUGCAGCCAGAGCUCGCCAACAACAACAGCAACCACAACAACAGAAUGGAACGGCUUCGGGUGGCGCACAACCAUCUAAUCCCAAUAGCGCAACAAAUCCACCCACAAAUGCUGCAGAUGCACAGAGAGAGACGGAUGCAGAUCUAUUCGAUGCAAUCAUUGGAGUAGAUGAGACAGAUGAGGCAGGCGGCGAUGAUGAAGAUGUGGUACACAGUUUCGAGAUUGAAGAAGCAGCAAUCGAAGAUGUCAAGAAAAGAUGCCAAGAGAUUCAGUACCCAAUGUUGGAAGAGUACGAUUUCCGAAACGAUACAUUAAAUCCUGAUUUGGAUAUUGAUUUAAGACCAAUCACGCACAUUCGACCCUAUCAAGAGAAGAGCUUGAGUAAGAUGUUCGGAAACGGUCGUGCACGUAGCGGGAUUAUUGUGCUACCGUGUGGUGCUGGAAAGACUCUGGUGGGAAUCACUGCCGCGUGCACGAUCAAGAAGAGCUGUCUGGUCCUCUGUACUAGCUCGGUCAGUGUGAUGCAAUGGAGACAACAAUUCUUGCAAUGGUCAAACAUUCAGGAUAGCCAAAUUUCAGUCUUUACCGCGGAAAACAAGGCAAAGUUCGCUGGACCCGUCGGAAUUGUUGUUUCAACGUAUUCCAUGGUUGCAAAUACCGGUAAACGGUCCCAUUCAUCGCAAAAGAUGAUGAACUUUUUGGAGUCGCGGGAAUGGGGUUUUGUUCUAUUGGAUGAAGUUCACGUUGUGCCUGCAGCAAUGUUCAGACGAGUGUUGACAAAGAUUAAAGCGCACAGCAAAUUGGGUUUGACAGCCACUUUGGUACGUGAAGAUGAAAAGAUUGACGAAUUGAACUUCCUCGUUGGACCCAAAUUGUAUGAAGCAAAUUGGAUGGACUUGGCCGCAAAAGGACACAUUGCUACCGUUCAAUGUGCAGAAGUGUGGUGUCCAAUGACGCCGGAGUUUUAUCGGGAAUAUUUGCGAGAGAAAGCGCGCAAACGAUCACUUCUGUGCACGAUGAAUCCGAACAAAUUCCAAGCAUGUCAAUUCUUGAUCGAUUACCAUGAAAAACGGGGUGAUAAGAUCAUUGUUUUCUCGGACAAUGUCCACACCUUGGAAGCAUAUUCAAAGAAGCUCAAAAAGCCGUUUAUUCACGGACAAAUCCCGCAACAGGAACGCAUGCGUAUCUUGAACCACUUCCAGCAUAACCCCAUCGUCAAUACCAUUUUCCUCUCAAAGGUUGGUGAUACAUCUAUUGAUUUGCCGGAAGCUACUUGCCUGAUCCAGAUCUCAAGUCACUUUGGUUCACGUCGUCAAGAGGCGCAACGAUUGGGCAGAAUCUUGAGAGCAAAGAGGAGAAACGAUGAAGGUUUCAAUGCAUUCUUCUAUUCUUUGGUCAGUAAAGAUACGGUAGAGAUGUACUACAGUACCAAACGACAACAAUUCCUUGUGGAUCAAGGUUACAGCUUCAAAGUGAUUACCGAGUUGCAGGGUAUGAAGGAGAUGCCGGAGUUGAUUUUCAAAACUCGAGAAGAGCAGAUCGAGCUGUUAGGGAGUGUCUUGAUGCUGGGUGAUGAUGCAGCAGAUGUUGGGACUGAUUUGAUGGGGUCAGAAUGGUCGGAUGAUGUUCGAUUUUCGACCAAUAAUAGCGGUUCUGACUCGAAAAUGUUUGGUAAUAUCCCCAAAGCGGCAAGAAGUGCGGUAAGUUUGAAUGCCCUAUCGGGUGCUGAACAUAUGAGUUAUAGCGAACGCAAUCGAUCGCAGAACAAGACUUUAUCGAAAGAUCGUCAUCUGCUGUUCCGCAAGAAAGAUGCGGCGAAAGCUAGGAUGGCAAAGGAGCGGGGAUAG